UAAUCAAGCAGAGGUAAAAAUGGUUAGUUUUCUGAUAGGCUGGAGAGUUGGAUCAACUUAACAGAUGGUCCAGAAGUACAAGGAAUGACUCAGUGGAUGAGAUAGAACUUCACUGGAAGAAAAAUGUGUGGCUGAUAGCUGGCGUAAAAUUUCCAAACAAAUGAUAUAAAGAUUUCCAAAGUUACAAGAAGGUAAGGUGAGAUCUUGUAAAGCAGUAGGUAAAUUUCAUGACUGAAGAACUUCUGGACACUUUUUCUGUAAAUAAAUUUCUGUAUAUAGUAGAUAAAUGACAAAAAGUUCUGAAAUUCUUCAAAAUCAUUAUUUAUAAAAUGGGAUUCUCUCUUUAUAAAAUGCAUUAAGAAUGAGAACAUAUGUAUCACACUGAGUUAUCAAAAAAAGAGACAAAGUAUUGUCCCAUGAAUGAGAAAAGUGUUUCAUUAAUACAGAAAGAAAAUGAUAUAAAAUUAAGUUUUUUCAAAUAUAAUGCUAAAAAUCAAAAAUUUGUCAUAAUCUUAGGAAGAUUAUGAGAAAAUUGGGGCAAAAGUAAAAAAAUAAUAAACUGUCAUCCCUUGGCAUUACCUUCAUGCAUUAAGCUAAGCAGGUAUUGCAACUUCUGAAUAUAUAAGACAAAAGAGAUUAUUUAUACGCGUAUGAAAAAUGAUGGUAUUUUAAAUCCUUAACCCAGUCCAUCAGUUCUAACUCUUAAAUCUUAAUAACUAUACUUUUUUUCUUUCAAACUAUUUUCUGCAUCAUUAUUCAUGAAAUAUUUUAUUCAAAACUGUUGAUCAUUAUCAUACACAGUGCAAAGUUGAUGCAUGUAAUAGCUUUUCUUUAAAUGUAUUGCAUUUCCCCUCAUAGUUAUCUCCUGACAUAUUUUGUGAAUUUAGAAGUAUAAUGUAGUAUGUUUAUUUUUAGUACACCUCCUGAUAAUCUCUCAAUUCAAGAAUUUCAGAAGAAUGAGAGUAUUGAUGUUGAGGUGGUGCAGCUUAUCAGCACAGAGAUACUGCCAUAUGCUAAUUUUAUUCCUAAGGAAUUUGUUGGUCAAAUAAUGACUAUGCUCAAUAAAGGCUCAAUACAUUCUCAGUCGUCUUCAUUUACAGAAGCAGAAAUAGAUAUUCGAAUGAGAGAGGAAUUUUCUAAGGUGUGUUUUGAAACACUGCUCCAGUUUUCAUUCAGUAAUAAAGUCACAACUCCUCAGGAAGGCUACAUCUCUAGAAUGGCACUUUCUGUGCUUUUAAAAAGGUCACAGGAUGUAUUGCAUCGCUACAUAGAAGAUGAGAGAUUGAGUGGCAAAUGUCCUCUUCCACGGCAACAAGUAACAGAAAUCAUAUUUGUUUUGAAAGCUGUCAGUACUCUCAUAGAUUCGCUUAAAAAAACUCAGCCUGAAAAUGUUGAUGCUAACACAUGGGCACAAGUUAUUGCCUUAUAUCCAACUUUAGUAGAGUGUAUCACCUGCUCCUCCUCAGAAGUGUGUUCUGCUCUGAAAGAGGCACUGGUUCCCUUUAAGGACUUCAUGCAUCCACCAGCAUCCAAGGUACAGAAUGGAGAGUCUUGACCCCAUAAAAAAUUUUUUUUUAAUUUUUGAAAGAAAAAAGUAUCCAAAAAUGUUUGUUCCCAGGUGAUCUUUCCCUGAGGAAAUCUCUUGUGGCUAGUACUUGGCAACCAGUGUUGACUGCCUUUUAACUGCACUAACAAGAGCUCAGUAAUUCAUGAAUACAAACUAUAUCUCAAAAGGUUCCAGAGUGAGUAGCAGUGCAAACCUUUAAUAAAUUUAACUGAAUAGUGGAAUCAUUUAUAAUCUAAUGUACUUGCUACAGUAUCUUGAAGUGGUGAUUGAAAAGUGGGCUUAUGUACAGCUUGUUGUGUAUGUGUUAAUGAUGUAAUUAAAAAAUAUUUCGAUUCAGUCAGAUUUAUUAGGCUGGUGUUUUGCACCCUUUUUUGAAGUACGAAUUGUACUAAAAUUUUAUGCAAGAUGGUACUGUAACAUUCCACAUUAUCUGUAACCAGCCUUUGUAAACAAAGGGAACUGAUAUACUUGUGUGUAUAAUAAAUGGUACAGUUCUGUAUAAAAUAGUUGCAUUUAUUAUUUAAAUUCUUUUUAAAAUAUUGAUAAUGUUACAUGCUUGAAAAUGUAUUUAUUAUGAAUAAGUUGUAUGCUUGCAUUUUUACUUACAGUUUGCCUUCUAAUUGCCAGAUAUGCUUAUUCAUAUCUGAUCGUGUUGCUAGUUUUUGCUAAAUUUGAAUGUAUCUUCUCUGUGCCGUUGGACAUUUAAACAAAGAGGUCAUAUGACAAAAGAUUGCAACAAACAGUCAGUGAUCCGCUGAUCUCAAACUUCAAAGUAGUUGACCUGAAAUAAGUUUGAAUAUGCAGAAAUCCACUGUAGCACUUCAACACUACCAUACCUCACUUCAUAAAAUACUCGUUUCAAGAUGUUUGUUUUGUUUAGCUCUGUCCAUUUUUGUAGUUGCAGCUUUGCUUUAAAAAAAAAUACUUGAGGUUUGUCUGCCUUUUUGGCCCCUAUCGACAGGUGUCACUGUCUUUGAAUUAUGACUUAAGAAAGGUGAUUUCAAAUAUCUGAAAUACUUGUCUGUAAUAUUUUGUUCAAUAAUUAAGUGCUUUGUUUUGUAAUGUCUUUUCAACCCAAACAAAUUGUUCUAACCUUUUAAUUAUAAACUGUCUGAUAUAAAAUCA